GGAGGCGGUCGCGAGCGGAGGUCUGCGGAGGCUAGUCAAGCAAUAUUAGUAAUUGCCUCUCCUGCUGCUGACUAACUUCCCUUCUCUCUGACGAUAUUAUAACAUUCGUAAAUGCUAUUAAUCAUCAGCGUAUAUUGUGUGUUUAGCACAAAUUAAUAUCUUUUUGCUUUGAAUUCAGAGAUCAUGUUUUCAAUUCAUACUAAAAUUAUACGAUAGGCUUAACAUUCUCGCUAUGAACACCAUGAAAUGAGAGAACAGUUGAUAACUUGUUCAAAUGGUUCCCAUAAUGUUCUCUAGUGUCUGAGGCUGACAGGCGAAGCCUUCUGAACAGUGAGAGAGAGAGAGAGGAGUGGGGAGACUUAAUGUUCUCCGUUGAACAAGUGAUGAACAUGUUGAUGAACACCAGCUGAGUAUGGAGGCUGGUCUGGGAGAGAGUGAAGACUUUGUCCCCUACUUCCCUCUGGUGAUUAUACUUCACGUGGCAGGGUGGACUGAAGGAGUCCGCAUCAGAGCACUUCAAGUACCACCCGUGGCCCUCCAAGCGGACGAGGUGCGCCUCCGCUGUGACUACGAGGACGAGGGCGGCUCCAGCCUCUACACCCUCAAGUGGUACAAGGACGGCAGGGAGUUUUACCGCCACCAGCCCGGCAUCUCUCCCGACCACCUCUGUCUUGAUGAGUUCCCUCACCACGUGGAGGGCGUCUCCGUUGAUUGCUGGGUGUCGAGCGAGAGGGAGGUGGUCCUCCGGGAGGUGACGACCUCGUCCUCCGGCGAGUACCAGUGUGAGGUCAUAGGAGAACACCCGAGCUUUCGAAAGGAAGUGCGCAAGGCUCGACUCACAGUGUUUACGGAGGCGCUGAAGGAGCCUCGGAUCAGAGGCGCCAAAGAGUCCUACACCAGGAAGGACAUGGUGAGCCUCAACUGCUCGUCCAGCAACACCCAGUAUGUGCCAGUCCUCUCCUGGAGCCUCAAUGGCAGGCCAGUGCUCAAGCGGUAUCUCAGGUCCUACGCCGAGGGCAGGACCGUGGGCCUGUACCUACAGGCCUCUGGUGACCUGUUUCAACACGGGGUUAUCAACGUGGCCUGCAUCAGCUCCCUGGGUGCCCAUCACAGCAGGCUGACACAGGUGGAACUGCCCAGCUCAGACUUCCUGAACGCCCAGGGGUAUUAUUUAAAUACAGGUGUGUGCAGGUGUGGGCCACAUGUGUUACUGCUGGUUUUGGCAGUGUUGUUCCAUGGUCACCUCCGCUACUGACUCUGCGUACAUUGUUCCUUACACCUUCUACAAUCUGACGAAGUUCCAUAUUCAUCAAAAAUUGA